GGUGAAGAGAAAGAAGAGGAGGCUCAGAACUCGGCUCCAUCCCCUUAGCUCCUUGCUCCCUUCAUCUUCACGCUUCCAUUUCUGCUCCGUGGAGGUGCCCACCCCCUAACACGCACACAUACUUCUCCAGCUCUUGUUCCCCAAACCCAUAGAGAAAGCACCCCUAACCCAUCUCUGUGUGAGGUUACUGGCUGCACUUGAUGAGAAGAGCUUGGAAGAGAAUCAACCAUCGCCAGCCUCCCCCACACCCCAGGGACAGGACCAUCACCCACCCCCAACCUCCAAGGUGCAGACUCCCUCUUCCCUCCCCAUUCUACAUGCACUACCCUGUCCCUGGACCCCACUCUUGACCCUGACCACCUAGAAUCCGGACUGCUGCUGUUGUCUCCCUGAUGCCGUUUUCAGAGGAGGAGAGGAGCUUGGAGGGAAUUUAUAAGUCCACAGCCUCGGGGCAGCCCCGGGCAACAGCCAUUGGCAGCAGUGUCUGCUCAGAGUGCUACACCAACCAGACCUUUGUCUUCGACGAUGGCCACGGUCGAGGCAGAUGCACCCCCAGGCUGCAGAGUGGUGGGAGCAGUGGUGGAGAAGGCAGCGGCAGCCGGAGCGGGGUCCUCCUGGACAUCUCCUCGCUAAAAAUGAAUGACAUGGACUCCGAGGUGCUCCCUUUGCCACCCCGAUACCGUUUCCGGGACCUCCUACUGGGAGACCAGUCAUUCCAGAACGACGACAGGGUACAAGUAGAGUUCUAUGUCAAUGAGAACACCUUCAAAGAGAGACUCAAGCUGUUCUUCAUAAAAAACCAAAGAUCCAGCCUGAGGAUCAGUUGUUCAACUUUUUCUCUAAAGCUGCUCACCUGUCUCCUGUACAUUGUCCGAGUCCUGCUCGAUGACCCAGUCCAGGGGAUUGGAUGCUGGGGCUGCUCCAAACAGAACUACACAGUAUUCAACCAGUCAUCACCAGAGAUCAAUUGGGCACCAAUCUUGUGGGUGGAGAGAAAAAUGACUCUCUGGGCACUUCAGGUGAUUUUCUUGAGACAAUGCCUCCUCAUCUAUCUCAGCUACAAGGGAAACAUUUGGGAACAGAUCUUCCGAGUUUCUUUCAUCUUGGAAAUGAUCAACACAGUACCAUUUAUCAUCACGAUUUUCUGGCCUCCCCUGCGGAAUUUAUUCAUCCCUGUUUUUCUGAACUGCUGGCUGGCCAAGUAUGCCUUGGAGAACAUGAUUAACGACUUCCACAGGGCCAUCCUAAGGACACAGUCUGCCAUGUUUAACCAAGUUCUGAUCCUCUUCUGUACCCUCUUGUGCCUCCUUUUUACUGGGACCUGUGGUAUUCAGCACCUAGAGAGAGCGGGUGACAACCUUUCUCUCCUCAAGUCUUUUUAUUUCUGCAUUGUCACCUUCUCCACUGUGGGCUAUGGAGAUGUAACCCCCAAAAUCUGGCCAUCUCAGCUCCUGGUGGUCAUCAUGAUCUGUGUGGCCUUAGUUGUGCUCCCACUCCAGUUUGAGGAGCUUGUCUACCUCUGGAUGGAGCGACAAAAGUCUGGGGGUAAUUACAGCCGCCACCGAGCCCAGACAGAGAAACAUGUCGUCCUUUGUGUCAGCUCUCUCAAGAUUGACCUCCUCAUGGACUUCCUGAAUGAAUUCUAUGCUCACCCUCGCCUCCAGGACUAUUAUGUGGUGAUCCUUUGCCCAACAGAGAUGGACAUUCAAGUGCGCCGGGUUCUACAGAUCCCUCUAUGGUCUCAGAGGGUGAUCUAUCUCCAGGGUUCAGCUCUGAAGGAUCAAGAUCUCAUGAGAGCCAAGAUGGAUAAUGGUGAGGCUUGCUUUAUCCUCAGCAGUAGGAAUGAGGUGGACCGAACAGCAGCGGACCACCAGACCAUCCUGAGAGCCUGGGCAGUAAAGGAUUUUGCUCCCAAUUGUCCCCUCUAUGUUCAGAUUUUGAAACCAGAGAAUAAGUUUCAUGUCAAAUUUGCUGACCAUGUUGUGUGUGAAGAGGAGUGUAAAUAUGCCAUGCUGGCCUUAAAUUGCAUUUGCCCAGCCACCUCCACGCUCAUCACCCUGCUGGUCCACACGUCCCGGGGACAGGAAGGUCAGGAUUCACCGGAGCAAUGGCAGCGGAUGUAUGGCCGAUGCUCAGGAAACGAAGUUUAUCAUAUCCGAAUGGGAGACAGCAAGUUCUUCAUGGAGUAUGAAGGCAAGAGCUUCACCUAUGCAGCCUUCCACGCCCACAAAAAAUAUGGUGUGUGCCUGAUCGGGCUGAAGCGGGAGGAGAAUAAAAGCAUCUUGCUGAACCCGGGCCCACGGCACAUCAUGGCCGCCUCUGACACCUGCUUCUAUAUCAACAUCACCAAGGAGGAGAACUCAGCCUUCAUCUUCAAACAGGAAGAAAAACAGAAGAGGCAGGGCUCCUCAGGGCGAGGCCUCUAUGAUGGACCCUCCCGGCUACCAGUGCAUAGCAUCAUUGCUUCCAUGGGUACAGUGGCCAUGGAUUUGCAGAGCACUGAUUGCCGACCCACAAAUAGCAGCAAACUCACACUGCCCACAGAAAAUGGUUCUAGCAGCCGCAGGCCUAGCAUCGCCCCAGUCCUGGAGCUAGCGGACAGCUCUUCCCUCCUCCCCUGUGACCUCCUCAGUGAUCAGUCAGAGGAUGAGAUGACACCAUCUGAUGAUGAAGGACUCACUGUGGUAGAGUAUGUGAAAGGUUACCCUCCCAACUCACCAUAUAUUGGAAGCUCUCCUACUCUGUGCCAUCUGCUCCCUGUGAAAGCUCCUUUCUGCUGCCUGAGAUUAGAUAAGGGCUGCAAGCACAACAGUUAUGAAGAUGCUAAGGCCUAUGGCUUUAAGAACAAAUUGAUCAUAGUUUCUGCAGAGACUGCUGGGAAUGGGUUGUAUAACUUCAUUGUUCCACUCCGGGCAUAUUACAGAUCUAGGAAGGAGUUAAAUCCAAUAGUUUUGCUUCUGGACAACAAGCCAGAUCACCACUUCCUUGAAGCCAUCUGCUGUUUCCCUAUGGUCUACUAUAUGGAAGGCUCAGUUGACAACCUGGAUAGCCUCCUACAGUGUGGUAUCAUAUACGCUGACAACCUGGUGGUGGUGGACAAGGAGAGCACCAUGAGUGCCGAAGAGGACUAUAUGGCAGACGCCAAGACCAUCGUGAAUGUGCAGACCAUGUUCCGGUUGUUCCCAAGUCUUAGCAUCAUCACGGAGUUGACCCACCCAUCAAACAUGCGGUUCAUGCAAUUCCGGGCCAAAGAUAGCUAUUCACUGGCCCUAUCUAAACUGGAAAAGAGGGAGAGAGAGAAUGGCUCCAAUCUGGCAUUCAUGUUCCGCCUCCCAUUUGCAGCAGGCAGAGUUUUUAGCAUUAGCAUGCUGGAUACUUUGCUGUACCAGUCAUUUGUGAAGGACUACAUGAUCUCAAUUACAAGGUUAUUGCUGGGUCUUGACACAACCCCAGGAUCAGGAUACCUCUGUGCCAUGAAGAUCACAGAGGAUGACCUGUGGAUCCGGACCUAUGGCCGCCUCUUUCAGAAGCUCUGUUCGUCCAGUGCUGAGAUCCCCAUUGGCAUCUAUAGAACAGAGUCUCACAUGUUUUCCACAUCGGAGCCUCAUGACCUCAGAGCCCAGUCCCAAAUCUCCGUUAAUGUGGAGGACUGUGAGGACACCAAGGAUGUAAAGGAGCCCUGGGGUAGUAGGUCUGGGAGUGGAACCAGUCAUCACCGCCCUCACCGCAACUCCUGCGCCAGCGACCAGUCCGAUCACCCCCUCCUCCGGCGCAAGAGCAUGCAGUGGGCCCGCCGUCUCAGCCGCAAAGGUCACAAGAACACGAGCAAAACAGCCGAAUGGAUCAACCAGCAACGCCUCAGCCUCUAUCGGCGCUCGGAGAGGCAGGAGUUGUCUGAGCUCGUCAAAAACCGAAUGAAACAUCUCGGGCUCCCCACCACAGGCUAUGAUGAGAUGAAUGACCACCAGAAUACACUGUCCUAUGUCCUCAUCAACCCUCCACCAGACACAAGGCUGGAACUGAAUGACAUUGUGUAUUUAAUUCGAUCAGAUCCUUUAGCUCAUGUAACCAAUGACACACACAGUCGGAAAAGCAGUUGCAGUAAUAAGUUGGACCCAAGCCACCCUGAGACACGAGAUGAGACACAGCUCUGAGGUCUACAGUGGCUGCCUCCGCUGCCACUAAUGCAUGGAACUUCCCAUCAUCUGGGUUCGCCUUUGGUUUGACUUUCUGGAGGCAGAAGAAACAGGCAAGGGGUAGAAUUCCCAAUGAUGACCCAUGGAACCUAUGGAGUGCUGAGCUGCUCUCCUGAGGACUCCAGAGUUAAUCUCCAUGGAGAAAAAAAAACAUACUGCAGCCAUCGUGGGGGAACCCCUUAGAAAGGAAGUUCCUUCACCUUCAAAACUACAGGGUGAGACCUCACCUGCCUGGAACAGCCAGGAGCUGUUGAAGUUAUUGUUUUUAACCUUUUUUUAAUUUUUAAACAUAUAUAAUAUAUGUAUCUCUACACAAGUGUACCGCAACUAGUGAAACCAUCCUGGCUGGGACAGAAAGGGAAUGCUUCAGAGCAAUAGCCUGGAGACAGCAAAAUGUAGAGAGCACAGUUUGUUCAAAGAAUCGACUAAAGAACUAUGCAGAGGGUGAAGCUCAGGGAGAGAGAAAGGAAGGUUAUAUCAGGUGGGAAGAAAUUGGUGUUGUGGUCUUGGGAACCAUUUACAAUGUCCUGAUAUGCCACCUGUCUCUGGCACAAGAAAAUGAGAGUUGAGAAGUUGGGGGGAGGGAAAAGGGGGGAAUAAAGAGUCAGAGUCAGAUAUUAGAGAACAAGCACUUUUGGAGUAGAGUUCUAUAUGACAUUGGCCAGGGAAAAUGCUGGGUCUCUCCUAAAAACAUGGGAAAGGAAAGCCUCAAAAAGCAGUCACAACAAGCUAAAAGAUACAAUAACCCAGAUGGGUGCACUAAGUCAGGUGAGCUGCCCAGUUCAGAAUCCUUGACACUGCUUGAUAGAUCAAAGGGCACUCACAGAAAGCUCUGUAAAUUACUUGGGAAGGAGGGCAGGGCACCCAGUGUAUAAGGUGCAAGACUUUUAAGACCUAAGGGAAGCUGGAUUGGAUUCUAUCAUUCCUAUUGUCUAAAUUUACAACUGAUAAUCUCAUUUAUGACCCCUCAGGCCUAAGAAAGUGAUUCCAUCUUCCUGCAGUAUGUGGGACUGACUUGUAAGAGAUGGAGUAGUGAUACUAACAAGGAGAACAGGAAUUGAUCAUCUAAUCCUAGAGUAGUGUCACUAAAGUCUUAGAAAGUCUCAUCUCCUUUCUCUCCUCUUUCUAACUGAUUCAGCCAAGCACUCCACUCUACUUCAAACUAGGAAAGUUAGUACCCCCAGCAUACAUAUUAAUGAAGGAAGUGCAAAAUCUUUUGAGUUCGUAUUAAGAGGAAGAGGAAGUAGGCCCCUGUGGAAAGCAUUAUAUUCUGGUGGCACUGGGGAGAUGUCCCCAGUAUGUCAAAAUGGAGAGCAAAAUCCUCCCCUUCUUUGGAAGGAAUUUGACUCACCACUCCCAAGAAUUUAUCAUACUUUUGACCUCUCUGUUGUGAGAGCUGGCAAGUUGUAGCCAGUUGUGUAUAUUUUCUUUUUUUUUUUUUUAGUUGUAUAUAUUUUCAAUAUGGAAAGAUUCUAAGACACAUGGUAGCUGAUACUUAUGGUUUGUUGGGUCAAUGGCAUUUCAUGAGAGAAGAGACAAAAGUUACAUAUUUUGUGUGCUUGUUAAACACACCGAAUUUUUAAGGUCUUGAAUGUUUCUUAGGAUGCCAGCAGGAAGAUGGAUGAAUGAGAUGACUUUAAACCCUACAUUAAAACAAAGGAAAAGAGGAAAGAAUAGUAUAAAGCACAAUUUCCACCCCAGAGUUGCUUAAUGAUUUCAAACUGUUAAGAAAACUUUCCAUUUAAACAUGAAAGGGACUGAGAUUCUGACUGACUUCAUUAUCAGGAAUUCCUGAGAUCCAUACAGGGAAUAAAUGUUUUAUUAGGCAUGUUGCUGGUUUUAAGAUCAGUGUUGGAUCCCUUCCAUUCCACUGAUAUUUACUAUUACUCUACUCUUGUUAAGCUAUAUUCCAGUUCUUUCAAGAAAAGUUUUAGUACUAGAACAAGGUAAUUCUUGGAAAGUUCACAAGCAUAUACGAACUCAUAUUUUUAGAAUUUUUUGACCCCAGUCCUCAUGAUACCUCAACCUCAACCCCAAAGACAGUGCUGUUUGCUCUUUUUAGUGAGAAGUUUUGUACUGGUCCUAUUGUUUGCCCUAGACUGCGUCAGGGUCAUUUCCCUGGGUCAUGUUUCAGGAUGUACUCUUUUGAGUCUGGGGUGGUGGCUGAAGGAGCAGGUUCAUGAAGACAGUGCUCAUACACCAACCCGGUCAAUUGGAAGCCUAGUAACUUGAGUCAGGUCAUGAUGAAAUAUACUUCCAGGUCCCUUGAGCUUGUUCAGAAUGGAUAUGGCUAUCUCUUGUGAAUUUCCUCUCCCCCAAAUCAGCACUGCUGCCUAGUUCUGACUCUGAUCCUGUGGAUUUUUUUAAAAUAAAAAGUAUAUAUUUUAUACGUAUUGACAUAUAUAUAUAUAUACACAUACAUAUAUAUACAUAUAUAUAUAUACAUAUAUAUAUAUAUAUAUAUAUCAGCCAUAGAUAAGCUUUGCUGCUAAGUGGAUCUCCUGUAUCAGGAGUCCUCAGGAGGGGAGCCUCUAGGCAGAACUUAAGACUCAGAUUUGUAAGAAAAUGGUCAUAUCUGUGAGUAGCUGCCCCUCUGGAGUAUAGAUGUCUCUAAUUACUUACCAAAGAACCUAGAGUUAAGACAGGCUCCUCUCUAUCAUAAUUACCAAUUUUCCAUGUUCUUAGUCAAAAUAAGGGAUCAUUCCUCAUUUCCAUUAUCACCUGUGUGGGCCAGCUAGUCUCUCAUACACUUGGAAGGGUGGAACAACAUAGUGCUGGGUAGUAAUAACAGUCAGCAAGCCAGAGAAAAGUGGAUUCAUUUGAAAUUGAGUUCAUAUGGGACUUAGUGGGAGGGUACAAAACCAGCAGCCCCAUCAACUGGAAACCCGAGGUCUUUCCUAGCAGUCCUUUCUUCUAGCAUUUUUUAUUUCCCCAUACACCUUCAAUGACUCAAUCAAUGAUCUCUUUAGCACCUAAGCACUGUGGAGAAGCACAAGCAUAAGACAAAGGGCCUAUUUGGGGUCUGGACCUGUGAUUUCAAUGAUAUAAGGAACUCCAGAUGAGCAAACUCAUUCUACCAAUAUGGGUUACCACCUUCCCUGAAACUGAAAAGUUUUGGUUGUCUAGAGCACUGAGAAAUUGUAAUUCACCAGGGUCUCACAGCCAACAUGUAACAGAGGCAUGAUUUGAAUCAGAGAGGUGCGUAAGCAGAGAACAACAAGAAAUGUGUUCAUAGAAAAGAAAAGAUAACUAACGAAACCAAGAAGGAUAGAAUCAGUCCCAAAGGAGGAGUUCAGAAGGGAAGGGAAGGCUGAAGCCGUGGGAAAAGGGCUUCACAAAGGUGAGACCUGACCUGGAUCUUUGAAAGAUGAAUAGGAUUUGAUGGGUGAAAGGAAGAGCCUCUUCAGCUGGGCUUUAGAAAGGUGCAUAUGAUUCAGACUGAUGGAGAGAAAGGAGAAAGACGUGAACAAAGGUCUAGAGGCAAAGACAAGCCUGGUUGAACUAGAGUAUUCCUUUUGGAGAGCACUAAUGUGUCUGAAAUUUGGGGGACCUUUAAGAUAAUAAUUACACACUUUCUUUAUAAGUUUAUUGAAAGGCCUGCUCUUUGGGCUACUGGAAUAAGCCAUAGGUUGUAAAUCUGCUUUUCUCCCAGGUUAUCACACUUCUGUAUUAUUUCCCAUGGGCAUUUCCAGAUCUACCCCAUCUCAUAUCAUUCCUCUGUAUCCAGGACCUAGGGAGUAAAAGAUCCUUGCCUCUUAUUCUCGCCAAUAUGUGCUAAGUUCCCUAUUUCUCAUUGCCUCCCCUUCCUUCUUCCCUUCUUCAGAAAAUGGGCGAUGGUGGUUAGUUUUUUCCCAAACACUUAAAAACAGACCCUUUGAUUGUCUGAAAAAGAGUAUCUUCUUUAGGAUAGAGGCAACCAGUUUACUUCCCUUCCUCCAAUGUGAGCACAGAGCCAUUCCUUCCUCAAAGCCAAUAUGAUGUCUUGUGGUGGAGCCAUAGGUCACUUUGCACACAGACUAAACUGGAAUUCAUUUCAGAGACAUUUCAUACCUCAAAACUGUUUAGAGCAGGCAUAAAGCUAUGAAAUGGCCACUUCCUAAAAGCCCAGCCACAAAGGUUUCUCAAGAGUGCCUGGAUUUCACCAGGGUGCAUCCCACAUUAAAGGUAAAUGGAUGCAGGGCAGCUAGGUGGCACAGUGGAUAGAGCACUGGCCCUGGAUUCAGGAAGACCUGAGUUCAAAUCCAGCCUCAGACACUUGACACUUACUAGCUGUGUGACCCUGGGUAAGUCACUUAACCCCAACUGCCUCACACACACACACACACACACACACACACACACACAAAGGUAAAUGGUUUAGUUCCUAGGCAAUGCUGCCCCCAAGAGUGUGGUGAUUUCUAUAUCAAAGUGUCACUCAUUGUUACCCUAUCUGGCCCCUUGUGAAACUAUUCUUACAAAGAUCAUUUUACAUUUUCAGAUCAAAGGAGAGGUGCCAAUAUUAAGUGCCUGAAAUUACUGUCAGGGAUACACUUAUGAGUUUGAGUAUUUUCAGGACCCAUUCUUCUCCACACCCACAAUUCCUCUCGGCCUUAGUUUCCUCAUCAACAAAUUGAUGUGUCCAGCUUGAUGAUGAUUACUGAGGUAAAUUAGCUCUAAAUUUUAUGGUCCGAUGAACCACACUCUCCCUUGCUCACAUGAAGAAGGAAAUUAUAACCUUUUCCUUCCCCAUUUCCUGUGUUUUCAAUGAAGCAGCACUUAGCUCUGGUCUUAUCAAGGUUUUGCUAUUAGGUUUGCUCAUUUUAAGAAGUUGAUGUCCUUUAAAAAAAAAAAGCCAAGUUCUUUCUGCCAGUCCUGAAGGAAGGGAUGCUAGGGGAGGAGGACUGUGUAAAAUGAUGUCCAAACAUUCAGAUUGCUGGCCUUCUUCCUGCAGAUAGCAGGCUUGUUGUAGGUAGGGCUGGAGGAGAUUCGUUUAGUUCAAUUUGGAGCCACAAAAGGAAAAUCAAACAGACUGGAUUGGGACCAGGUCAAAUAUAAUUUCACUUCAAAAAUACAAGAGGAGGGAAGUUGGGAGAGGAGGCAAUGAGAGACUGCAGUGGCUCGAAACAACAAACAUUGCAUUUUCCUGCGAUCGUGACCAUAACUGGAGCAGCACCCCCAGAAUACAUCCUGAGUUAUCAUCCAAAUAAACUGUACCACACCGAGAGGAAUCUCACAAAAAGGUUCAGCUGAAAGAUGCCAUAAGAAAAGCCAAUAAGAUUUUUGCACACUGGAAUGGAAAAAGCCAACAAGGCCAAUAAAGCUGCAUGCAGCACAACCUGAUAAGACAGCCUUCUGUGCCUCCUUUCACCAUUGUUGCCUUGCGAGAAUGCCAUGCAUGUAUGUAUAUAUGUUUGUGUAUGUGUGUACAUGUGUAUAUGUUUAUUAUAGGUAUUUUGUGCAUGUGUAUUGUGCAUAUUUGUGUGUGUGCAUAUGUAUAUUGUGUAUAUGUGUAAAUAUGUGUAUAUGUGUACUGUUAGCAUGUAUAUUGUGUGUAUAAAUGUGUGUAUGUGCGUAGAGGGCAAAGUGGAGAAGCAAGGACCACGUACCAGACAUGGGACAUAAGCCUUUGUGGGGAGGGAGUCAAGGUUUAAAUGAUGUCUGAGUACUAAUGCAUUCAUUUUCUCCAUAUAGUAAAAAACAAACAAACAAAAAAAACACCUCAGGAUUUUGGAAUGAUUGGGAAAAUAUGAAUCAUAGGCUAUUUCUGAGAAAAUUUUGGCCCUUUAAAACAAAAACUAUAAAUUGAUCCAAUGUUUAACAUGGUUCAUUGAUUUAGAGCUAAAAGGGGCCUUCCUUGGUGAUUGUCUAAUCCAACUCCCUUUUACAUAUGAGGAAACUGAGGCUAUAGAGGUUAAGAGUUGGUACCAAGUAAAUUUGUUGUUGUUGUUGAGUCACUUUUCAGUCAUGUCCAAUUCUUCAUGAGAACUUUGCCAUUUUCUUCUCCAGAUCAUUUUACAGAUGAGGAAACUUGAGGUAAACCAGGUUAAGUGACUUGCUCAGGGUCACACAGCUGAGGCCAGAUUUUAAUUCAGGGAAAUGAGUUUUUUCUGAUGCCAGACUGAGCACUCUAUCCAUUGAAACACCUAGCUCCCUACUCCCCCUACAAAGUAAAGGAUAUGUUUUAAUGAACAGAGAAGACUUAUUAAUGAACAUGUUGAUUAUUCCACACAGAUUCCUAUCCACAAAACUGUCCAACAAUGGAAACUGUUGUAUUAUAAGAGAAUCAUGAGUCAUAUACAAAGAAUGAUAGAAAAAUGAUUUAUGCUUCAAGUAGGGAUCAAACUACAGGAGGUCUCUUCCAAAUCCAUAAUCUAUGAUUUUGUUGCUAAAAAGCUUGAAUACUCAAUUUUCUGAAACCUUUUGUUUGUGUGUGUGUCUGUGUUUUUAUUGGUAUAACUCCCUUCUUCCCUUAGAGAAAAAUCUUUACUCAUAAAGAUCUAGAACUAUUGUACAACUUGGCAUUGGAGAGUACAUGGGCCAAUGAGAGAUUAAAUUACCUCAUCCAGGAUUAUAUAGCAAGUAGGUAUUAAAAAUGAGAUCUGAGCCCAAGUCUUUCACUGGUUCUCUAUCCAAUAUGGCAAUCAACCUCAAAGAAAUCUAUUUUACUAUAAGCAAAUGUUUUUUUCAAAUCCAGAAGCCUAAUAUGGUAGGGAAAGUACUGUACUUGGAGUCAGAUGAUCUAGGACCAAUGCCCUACUUUAAUAUUUACUAAUCAUGUGACCUUGGGUAAGUCACUUAACUCCUUUGAGUCUGUUUCCUUAUCAGUAAAAUAGAAAUAAUAACAGGUUUUACAUGGCUCGCUGUGGAGAGUGCUUUGCUAGGGAAAUGUAAGAUGUUUUUAUUAACUCAAGCAUGGCCAAUUUACCCAGAUUAGAGAGUGUGAAGUUGAAAGUGGCCUGUUUUUCACUGGAUUCAUGGAAAAUGAGUAUACCACACAUUCAAAAAAUUGUUUUCAAGAUCAUUUUCCAUCAAAUUUCUUGCUUAAUGAAGAUAAUUUUGCGUUUGUUUCUCCAGUACCUGAGACAGAAUAAGCACUUAAUGUUUGUUGAUUGAUUGAUAUUUAAUUGAAGAUAUGCAGUUUGAGGAGUAAGUUUGAGGGAGCUGAGUCCAAGAACCUCAUUUCUAUCCUUAGGUCUAGACAUAGGUCUAGACAAGAGUUUAUUUUUUUACAUAGUAUUUAAUUUUUCCCCAUUACAUGUAAAGACAAUUUUUAACAUUCAUUUAAAAAAAACUUGAAUUCCAAAUUUUCUCCCUCUUUCCCUACUUCAA